AUGAGAGUCUCGACAGAGGUUCUGGUCAGCAAGUCUCUGGUGUUCCGAGCUAUGUUGACCAACGGUGUGAUGAUCGAGUCACUGGCUUUCAAGUCUAACAAUUACUUGGAAAUACCACUCCCCGAUGACAAUGCUAAAAUCUUUUUGGUGGUAAUGAAUAUUCUUCAUGAAAACACCGGAGCAGUUCCCGAUCAAGUUGAUUUCACCCAGCUCGUUGAAAUAGCUACUCUGGUGGAUAAGUAUAGCUGGCAGGAAGCAGUCCGUGGUCAAGCACAGAGAUGGAUCGAGUCACUCAGAAGCAGUGUUCCAGUCUCCUCAACGGACGAACUUCUUCCAUGGAUUUGGAUAUCCUGGGUUUUCCACUUUUCCGAUUUGUUUAGAAAGCUAACAGCAGUCGCACAAAAAGAGGCUACUGGUCCCAUUGACAUGCAUAACCCGUAUGGUGUUCCGGUACCUGAGGUUGUCAAGACGCGGAUUGGACGCCAAAGAGUAGAGGCUAUAUCACAGAUUCAGUCACUGUUAGUAUCCCAGAUGGAAGACUUAAAAGAGACGGCAAUGAGAGAACAAGAUCUGUUCGGUGAUACUUUUGAGAUGGUACAUGCCUUUCGGCUUGGUUUUCUUACUCUUUCGGGCUUCAAAUGGGGAAUUCUUAGUCCUCGAGAGUCCGACAGUCACCAUUUCGAGGGAGUGAGUUUCAGGGACUUAUCAACACAUAUCAGGACUAUGGUCGAUAUCGAUGACUGGAUUGUCGGUACGAAACCACCAGGAACUCAUUUACCCUUCGUGCUUGACGGUAUGAGCGCGAUGGUGCCCCUCCUGGGACGAAUUUUGGGAUCACCAGGGUCAUUUGCGUAUGGAACCUCGAAUAUUAAGAAACGCUUUGUCGAGCUUAUUACAGACUUAGAGCAGGGCGAAUGGGGCUUAGAUCUCAAAGACUUUUGA